AUGAUGAUCCUGAAUUUUGCCAAGUCCACCGCCUGUGGCCACAGGGUCAUGCGCACCCUCUGCGCGUGGGAGCCUGAUCCUGAUUUUCCUCACCGUGCUCCGUUGCGGGUGAAGCUCUUCAAUCUGUUGCUACCACUGUUCAUGUUCACCUGGAAUGCCAUCGGCAUCCACUGGGCCAGGCUGUCCACCGCGCCUCAAGUUCCACGGCUCGUUUGUCAAGAGGAAAGCCAAGGUGUGAUCGAUGCCAUCUUGGCUUUCGCAACGGUUAACAUCGCACUGACUGUGUUCAUGUUCCUCAACAUUGUUGGGUUAGCCUACUUCUUUCGAAUGCUUCUUCGAAUGGGAGUUGUCCAGUCCAGCAAGGCGGCACCGGAAGGGUCGCUGGAGGCGAGCACCGAGAAGGUCACUGCCGAAACAGCCAAACUGGGGGAUUCUCCCCAGUGUCCCAUCUGCCUGGAGGAUGCACCGUUGCAGCAAAGCGUGUAUUGUCGGAGAGUUGAGGUCAGACUGACGUAUAGUCGCAAAAGUAGAGGGCUGGGUUAUUGUCAGCAGACAAAGACCUGUGGGAUGCUCUAA